CCUCACAAUUCUCAUGUCAAAUCGAUAUCAGCUCGGGAGGAGCGCGCACGGGGAGCGCAACUAUCAUUCUACCAUCACCAUCACUCUCGCAUCUCCAGCCGCUAGCGGACCCGUCUUACGGGCAUUGGCGGGGGACCAUUGCCAAUAACACAAUUAACUUGUGUGGAACGUUUAGAAAACAUGAGUCUGUGUUCUCGUGUUUGGAUUUAUUCACUUUUGGUGACUUUUUUUAUGCCAUGAAUGAGUAACCUUCCCAUGUCUAUGUCACUGUCCUCUUUUGGUUCCAUCUAUUAUGGGACGCAGUAUAAUAACUAGAGGGUGGAUCCAGUCGAUAAGCAAACUCAGACAGCUCACCCGGCUCCGGUGCGGUGGCACCCCGGCUUUAGCCCACCCCGCUGCCAGAGAGUGGCCGGCUCCGCUAGGUGGACAGGGAGCUCGAAGGAUUGCCUUGUAGUCGGAAACCGGAUUCAGUGGAGUGAAGAAAAAGCAACACACAGCAAGCGUGCUAUCCCUGAUUCCUAAACAAUUUGAUUAUGCCAUCGGUUUUAUAGAUUUAGGGGCCGGCGCUGUGUGAGAGGAGGAAGAGGAGGUGCAGGGGGAAGAGGAAGAGAAGGAGGACGUGUGUGCAGUCAUGACAUUGACCCUCAUCCCAUAGAGCAUCCUGCUCACAUCAAGACUGACCAGAAAGGAGAAGGACAGACAGGACAAGAAGGAUGAAGCUGUGGGGGAGGUCAGCUUGGCCUUUGCAGGUGGCCCUCCUUGUUGCCGUGGUGAUGUUCUGUGGUCGCCAGGUGUCUGCUGGCAGCCGUAACCAUCGGGGACAAACAGCCUCCUACCAGGUGAAGCAGGGGACCUGUGAGGUGGUGGCCAUCCACCGCUGUUGUAAUAAGAACAAGAUUGAGGAGCGCUCUCAGACCGUCAAGUGCUCCUGUUUCCCAGGCCAGGUCGCUGGCACAACCAGAGCCAGGCCCUCCUGUGUGGAAGCCUCCAUCGUGAUUCAGAAGUGGUGGUGUCAGAUGAACCCCUGCAUGGAGGGAGAGGAAUGUAAGGUGCUCCCUGACCUCACCGGCUGGUCCUGCAACACUGGAAACAAAGUCAAAACCACCAAGGUCACACGAUAGCAAGAGAAUCACUGAGCAGCGACAUCACCAAGUCUCUCUACUGUUAACUCCAUAUGUAAAGAAAGGACGGCACUCAUAGCUGAGACACUUAGACUGCCAACUGACGGAAGACUUUCAGUCAUCCCAUAAUACCAAGCUGUGACAAAAACUAAAGAACAUAUAAAAAAACACUCUCUAAUGGACCGAGACACCAAGGUGCAGUGUCAAAUGUAAUGCCCAAAACUGCUAUGGACUAUAGACUUCAUAGAAACAAAGGGUGUAUACUUUUAUGGUCGAUAAAGACUACGUCUGAAUACUUUUGAGGAGCCUGCAUCUGAAGACAUUCGCCUGUUAAUAGACAAAUAGGGAGAUCCAAAGAGGUGGUUUUGACCAGUGGCUGAGGAGGAAGUGUAAUCGAUGGCUGUUUUGACGAAGCAUUUGUGGAUGUGUUGGCACCAGAGCUGCAGACAGUGUCAGUGUAUGUUUCUACGGCUCUUGGACUGGAUCCUGGACCACUCUGAUUAUAGAGUGGAGUGUCGCUGCUCUAUCAGGAGGACUUUCUAUUCAUGAGCACGGAGGGGGAAGAAUUCAUCACUCGUGAAUCGCAAAUUAUUGUCAAAUUACUCUUGUGGGUCAACUCAUUACCAUGGAGAUGUUUCAAUUAAUUUAACAGUUCUAAUUAGGGUUGCUAAGAAGGAUCAUAACAACAUAUAAAAAAUAAAUGUAAGAUCUUUACACUAGUAGAAGACUGUUUUUGGAAUGUUUUGUUUUUCUAAAUAUUUCUCGUCUUUUGCUGGUGACGUCACAUUAAAUGAAAGAGAGGAAGAUAUUUUUUAAGAGUUUUGCCUCUGAUGCUGUAGAGAUGACACAGCCCUUCUCUCUGGUAUAGUUGCAGGUUAUUACAAGUUAAUCCAUGGCUCAGACUAAAGGGAUAGUUCCCUUUGAACAUAUUUAACUAUAUACUUCGAUUCUUUGAUAACGAGCAAGUAAUCUGGACAUAAUUUGGUCGGUCACUGACGCUCUAGAUCUACAGGUUACUUUCUAGUUUUCCAUAAAAUAAGGUAAAUGUGUCAUUUGUGGGAACUAAUCCUUUAAAGAGUCUUAAAUACUGCUUGUCACUAACUGUGCACUGUCCAGAAAGCUGAAAGUCGAUAACUGUGACAUCUCUUAUGUAAACUGUAAAAUAGAGCGCCCAUAAACCAUUAAAACAUG